CCGUGGUUUCUUCCAUUCUGUUUUGAACAUGCGCGAGGCGUAAGGCGCUUUGGCCAAAGGGGUUUGAUGGUUUUGUGUCAGUCUUCCUACCCGUGAGCUUCCACCAGGCACUUUUUCCCUUUCAGCCACCCCAGAUCUCGCGAGACUUCUGCUGCCCCCUCCUACCUUGCGCCUGCGCAGCUCUUCAAAGCAGAAGGUCGCGCUGGGAGGAAGUGGCGGCUUUGAGUCCCGUGGCCCAAGCGCCGUUACUAUUUCUCUUAAGCUCCUCUCGGCUGCUCGCCGAGACACCCUGCCGCCAAGAUGCCUCGAAUUAUGAUCAAGGGGGGCGUGUGGAGGAAUACCGAGGAUGAAAUUCUGAAAGCAGCAGUUAUGAAAUAUGGGAAAAACCAGUGGUCUAGGAUUGCUUCGUUGCUGCAUAGAAAAUCAGCAAAGCAGUGCAAAGCCAGAUGGUAUGAAUGGCUAGAUCCAAGCAUUAAGAAGACGGAAUGGUCCAGAGAAGAAGAGGAAAAACUCUUGCACUUGGCCAAGUUGAUGCCAACUCAGUGGAGGACCAUUGCUCCAAUCAUUGGAAGAACAGCGGCCCAGUGCUUAGAACACUAUGAAUUUCUUCUGGAUAAAGCUGCCCAACGAGACAAUGAAGAGGAAACAACAGAUGAUCCACGAAAACUUAAACCUGGAGAAAUAGAUCCAAAUCCAGAAACAAAACCAGCGCGGCCUGAUCCAAUUGAUAUGGAUGAGGAUGAACUUGAGAUGCUUUCUGAAGCCAGAGCUCGCUUGGCUAAUACUCAGGGAAAGAAGGCCAAGAGGAAAGCAAGAGAGAAACAAUUGGAAGAAGCAAGACGUCUUGCUGCCCUCCAAAAAAGAAGAGAACUUCGAGCAGCUGGCAUAGAAAUUCAGAAGAAAAGAAAAAGGAAGAGAGGGGUGGAUUAUAAUGCUGAAAUCCCAUUUGAAAAAAAGCCUGCCCUUGGUUUUUAUGAUACUUCUGAGGAAAACUACCAGGCUCUUGAUGCAGAUUUCAGGAAAUUAAGACAACAGGAUCUUGAUGGGGAGCUAAGAUCUGAAAAAGAAGGAAGAGAUAGAAAAAAAGACAAACAGCAUUUGAAAAGGAAAAAAGAAUCUGAUUUACCGUCAGCUAUUCUUCAAACUAGUGGUGUUUCUGAAUUUACUAAAAAGAGAAGCAAACUAGUUCUUCCUGCCCCUCAGAUUUCAGAUGCAGAACUCCAGGAAGUUGUAAAAGUAGGCCAAGCAAGUGAAAUUGCACGUCAAACUGCCGAGGAAUCUGGCAUAACAAACUCUGCUUCCAGUACUCUUUUGUCUGAGUACAAUGUCACCAACAACAGCAUUGCUCUUAGAACACCACGAACGCCAGCUUCCCAGGACAGAAUUCUGCAGGAAGCCCAGAACCUCAUGGCGCUGACCAAUGUGGAUACCCCAUUAAAAGGUGGACUUAAUACCCCGUUGCAUGAGAGUGACUUUUCAGGUGUAACUCCACAGCGGCAGGUUGUACAGACUCCAAACACAGUUCUCUCUACUCCAUUCAGGACUCCUUCUAAUGGAGCUGAAGGGCUGACUCCCCGGAGUGGAACAACUCCCAAACCAGUUAUUAACUCUACCCCGGGUAGAACUCCUCUUCGAGACAAGUUAAACAUUAAUCCCGAGGAUGGAAUGGCAGACUAUAGUGAUCCUUCUUACGUGAAGCAGAUGGAAAGAGAAUCUCGAGAACAUCUCCGUUUAGGGUUGUUGGGCCUUCCUGCCCCCAAGAAUGAUUUUGAAAUUGUUCUACCAGAAAAUGCCGAGAAGGAGCUGGAAGAACGUGAAAUAGAUGACACUUACAUUGAAGAUGCUGCGGAUGUGGAUGCUCGAAAGCAGGCCAUACGAGAUGCAGAGCGUGUAAAGGAAAUGAAACGAAUGCAUAAAGCUGUCCAGAAAGAUCUGCCAAGACCAUCAGAAGUAAAUGAAACUAUUCUAAGACCCUUAAAUGUAGAGCCACCUCUGACAGAUUUACAGAAAAGUGAAGAACUAAUCAAAAAAGAAAUGAUCACAAUGCUUCAUUAUGACCUUCUACAUCAUCCUUAUGAACCAUCUGGAAGUAAAAAAGGCAAAACUGUAGCGUUUGGCACCAAUAAUUCAGAGCACAUUACCUAUCUGGAACAUAAUCCUUAUGAAAAGUUCUCCAAAGAAGAGCUGAAAAAGGCCCAGGACGUUUUGGUGCAGGAGAUGGAAGUUGUUAAACAAGGAAUGAGCCAUGGAGAACUCUCAAGUGAAGCUUAUAACCAGGUGUGGGAAGAAUGCUACAGUCAAGUUUUAUAUCUUCCGGGGCAGAGCCGCUACACACGGGCCAAUCUAGCUAGUAAAAAGGACAGAAUUGAAUCACUUGAAAAGAGGCUCGAGAUAAACAGGGGUCACAUGACGACAGAAGCCAAGAGAGCUGCAAAGAUGGAAAAGAAGAUGAAAAUUUUGCUUGGGGGUUACCAGUCUCGUGCUAUGGGGCUCAUGAAACAGUUGAAUGACUUAUGGGACCAAAUUGAACAGGCUCACUUGGAGUUACGCACUUUUGAAGAACUCAAGAAACAUGAAGAUUCUGCUAUUCCCCGGAGGCUAGAGUGUCUGAAAGAAGAUGUUCAGCGACAACAAGAAAGAGAAAAGGAACUUCAGCAUAGAUAUGCUGAUCUGCUGCUGGAGAAAGAGACAUUAAAGUCAAAAUUCUGAAGUACAGUUUAUUAUUCUGCCACAGAACGAAUUAAUUGCCGGUUUUCAUACUCUAGAAGGCUGAAACUGAUGUUUAUCUUCAUUGACAAAUUAACCCACCAUCUGUGGUUUUUCACUUGUUUAUUUUAAAUGAUAUCGAUCUUACACAUUCUGUGUAUAAAGACCCUAACUCCACAGGACGGACAUUUUGGGGUUUAAAUUAUUAAGGCUAUCAUUCUUUUAGCAAUGUCAUAUUUGCAAACUUUUUUAGUUUUGGCCUUUAAUUUAAAAAGCCUAAUUUUAAAGUGCUGCCUAUGAGUAACUUGAAUAAAAACAAAAUAUAAAAAAUUGA